AUUCUUUAGAACAUGAAGAUCACAGGAAAAUUAGAAAAAUGGAGAGUGGAAGAAGCAAAGAAUGUAUCCAGUGUUACCCUCUGACAUGAUUUUUAGCUCUUAGAGAUUAACACCGGGCACUGUAAUACUAGGUAGGUAAGAGGAAAAAGCAUGGCUAUCAGUAUUUUUCUUACAUCUAACACGAGUAUCUUGGCUUCAAAGUUACUCCAUGCAGGGCUGUUUGAUGAACUACGCUGAGAAGAUACGCUAUUUAUUUAAAUACCGUAUCUCUAUGAUAACUGAUAAUAAAGAAGAUGCUUUAAUUUUUGCAAUAUAGUCUUUCUCAGUUCACGGACAGACUUCUGGAUCUUUAUUUAUUGUUCUGUACCUUGUGUUGGUUGUACCAGUAGGUUAUCUAAGUGUUACUGCAUGUCAAAGAGUAGUGACUUCAAUACUGAACCUGCUUAAAUCUGCCUCUCCACAUUGUCUCCUGGAUCUUGUUUUUUGCACUAGUAAAAGUGAAAGGGUCCAGUAGGGGGAGCUUGAAGGCCAAACAACAACAAGAAGAACAGAAAAGAUACUAUUUUGCUUUAAAAAUGAAGAUAACUGUCAAAUAGAAACAUAAAUGGUUUACAAUAUGCAGACAGUAAGUAUCUUGUAGCAUUAAGUUAAAAACAGUGGCAGUUAGAACUGUGAAUUUGAAAUACUGAGGCACUGUAAGAACAGACCAGAUUCCAGCUGCACGUUCACCUGCUGCCCUUGGGCUGGAACUUUGACCAGGCAGCCUUGCACAGACAUACCAGAUAGCGAAAAAAAAAAGAAAAAAAAGCCUGGAUGAAAAGGUGAGCAUACAGCAGUGAGUAAUAAUAAUCAAAAGAGAUGUAGGUGCUUUCUCACAGAGUGUGAUGUUAUGGAACAGUCAUAUUCUGUUGGAGAUGCUCUUCUGAAUUCAUAUAGCUGAAUUCCAGGAGAGAAACACCAGGUGCAAUCUCCCUCUGUCUCCGUAAGUCUUUCAACACAUGCUGUGCUUCCCACUGAGAGACUCUGAGGGGAAAGGAGUUGCCGCAGAGGCUCUGGCCAUUACAGAUCAUUACAGGCCCAUAGGGCAGCACGGGCAGCCCGCGCAGGACGAGCCCUGCUGCCCUCUCCGGCUGCUCUCAGCUCUCCUACAGCCCUUCUAAACUCAACCCGAGGCACGGGCAGCGGCACACACAAGCAUCAUCCCUCCGAGCCCAAGCGCCCGACCAGGAAAAAGGCCAGACAUUCACCUGCUAUGAUAAUUUCCACAACAAUGCGCUUAACGAGCCGAAAAUGAAGCACCUUCCAGCCCUGACAACGCCUUCGCACCUCCUCUUCCUCCCGGUACUUCAGUAAGGAAGAGCUGCGCAUGCGCGGCUUGAGGGCGCGUCCCGCCCUUUUGGGGUGAGAGCGGGAGGCGGCGGGGCUUCUGGAAGAUCGUGGAACUUUCUGUGGUAGUGCUGAGGUAGCACUUGCAGUAAUCCUGUGUCUUUCUGAGUGUUGAAGAGGACUUAACGGCUGGGCAUUAUGGAAGUCUUCGUAUUACGGAUUGAAGAUCCAGGUUGCUUUUGGGUUACUAUGAAAGGAUGCGGGCCUCAUGUAGUUGAUGAAAUAGAGUAUAAAAAGCUGAACGCAGAAAUGAAUCAGUUCUAUGACAAAGCUUGUGAAGAUGAAGUAAAGCCAAUAACAUUAGAAAAAGACCAGCUUUGUGUGGUUUUCAGCAAGGAGCUGAAGUGCUGGUGUAGAGCAGUUGUUAAGACGAUCAUGCACUGUGCAGACCAUUAUCAAAUAGAAUGUUUUCUAGUGGAUUAUGCAAAGUAUGUUUUUGUUAAAUCAAAACAUGUUCGAGUUGCAGUGGAAGAAUUUAUGCAAAUCCCAUUUAGAGCAAAAAAAUGUGGAUUGUAUCGCACAAAGCCUGUGACCUUGCAUGUCAACCUCUGUGAAGAUACAGCAAAAAUAGUACCAGCCAAAAGAUGGGAUAAUGCUGCUACGCGGUAUUUUCAAAGUCUUCUGGAAGCAACUACACAAAUCAAAGCGAAGUUAUGUUCUGUGGAAGAUGAUACAUUUCAUGUUAUUCUUUAUGUGACAGUAGAAGAUGAAAAGGUAUGCAUUAAUGAUGAUCUUGUCUUAAAGAAGUUUGCUCAUUUUGAGGAAGCUAAAGAGAAUGUUCACAGUCCAACAAAAGAACAAGAUAACCAGACAUCUUUAAAUGUUGAUUCUCCUCCAGUAGAAAUUGUUAAUCCAGCACUUGCUUUCAGGCUAGUGUGGUUGCAAGAGAAGGUACCAAUGAAACUUGAAGCAGGCCAUACUGCUUCUAGUUCCUCUCUUGAAAAGACAUACAAAAGAUCAAACAUGGAUCUCAAUGAAAAUAAUGAAUAUACAUCUCAGAACCUUAGAGAAGAACGAAGCUUUGUCUUUCUUAGCAACAAAAUUGAGCCAACUUCAAUUUUGGAAAAAGCACCACUUCAUGAUAAUCUGAAAAAGGAACUUGCUCAGGAUAAGUUUUUAGGCCCUAACUUCGCAGAAUCUUACUCUUGGCCAGCAAUAGCUCGAGGAUGUGACGUACUUACCAUCUCCUAUCAAGGAAAUGACCCUUUCUUAUAUAUUCCACCAGUUCUUACUUUCUUGCAAAUGGAAAACUGCUACAAAGCCUUGCCAAAAAGAAGUGGACCACUGGUGCUUAUUUUAUGUCCUGGUUGGAGGAAGGCACAGCUUGUUUUUGAGUUACUGCAAAAAUACAGCAGAUGCUCCAGACUGAGUUGUCCAAUGUUGAUAAUACUUGGGAAGAAAAGAGAAGAAGCUGAAACAGUGAAAAUCCAAGGACGUGAAAUAAUUGUGACUACACCGUACAGUCUCCUGAGAUUGUAUAAAUAUCACCUUUCCUUGUUUUCUGGACUUUGCCAUCUUAUUUUGGAUGAAAUUGAGGUACUAUUCUCUGAAGCUGCUGAACAGGUUUCUGUUAUACUAGGUUACUACAAGAAAAAUCUCGUUAAUGAGGAAUGGAAGUACUCACCACAUCAAAUUAUUGCUGUUGGAACUCAAUGGAAUAAGCAUAUAGGAAUCUUAAUAAAGGAAUUCAUGAAUGAUCCUUACAUUGUGAUAACAGCUUUGGAAGAAGCUUCCAUUUAUGGAAAUGUGCAACAGGUUGUGCAGCAUUGUGUGAGCAGUGAGAGAACUGCUGUGUUACUCAAAAUAAUGGAUUUUACUCCUAAUAAUCUUCAGAAGGUGCUGGUUUUCACUAAUUCCAUAGAUGAAGUAGAAAUAGUAUAUCAGGCACUGAAGAGUGACUCAGUAUUUGUCUUCAAAAUACAUAAGGAAAUGGAGUUUAAUUUCAAGGAUUUCUUGGAGCAUUGGACAAGAAGCUAUAGCAGUGGCAGUCAUGUUGUAUUAGUUCUAACAGAUGACUGCAUGCAGUUCUUGGAGAUUACAGAUGCGUCUUGUGUGAUACAUUUCAGUUUUCCUUCUUCUCCAACAAUCUUCGGUCAGCGUCUACACAGCAUGUCUGACAACUUCCAUAGUAUGAUAAAGGAAUCAUCUGAUCAGGACCAUCGACAGGCAAGGUCAGUCAUAAUGCUAACAGAAAACAGUGAGUGCCACACUGUUGGUAUCCUGCGCUAUUUGGAGCGUGCUGAAGCUGACAUUCCACCAGGAUUGGCUGGAGUGCUAGAAGCUGAAGAAAAGAAGAAAUUUGCAAGGCCAUUGUGCACCUAUCUUAAAAUGUUUGGGACUUGCAAGAAUAGAACAGUAUGUCCAGAUCGUCAUCAAAUUAAUUCACAAAUAGACAUGCUCCAGAAUAUGGCAUCUAAAACUAUACAAACAUCUGGAUAUGUGACAGUGCUUCCUCUCCACGUUGUAAAUGCAACAAACUACUUUGGUCGUAUUGUAGAUAAACAGAAGGAUCAAUAUAUGAUUCUUGCUGAAGAAAUCAAUGAAUAUUUUAAGGAGACUAGUAAUAGAGUUGCUGCUCAAAAGGUAGAAAAACUAGCUUUGUAUGGAUUCUGUGAGGAAACAGUCUUUCACAGGGUCCAGGUGGUAGAGACUUCUUCAAAAGAAGAAGGAAAUUUUAACAUCAAAAUCAAAUACGUAGAUGAAGGCAGAACUAGUCAAGCUCAGAGCUCUCAGCUUCUUCACUUACCUGCAAGAUUUCAGCAUCUGCCACCUCAAGCUGUGGAAUUUGUAGUUUGUAGAGUUAAACCCAUUGAUAAUGACACUGAGUGGAACCCAAGGGUGACUCGUUAUAUUCAUCAGAAAAUUGAAAGGAAACCACAUGAAGCAAAGGUAGUACUUACUCUAGGAAAUACAGUUUGGAUUGACCCAAUGGUCCGGGUUACCAGGCUUUCAGAUUUGAAGAUGUAUGUCAAUGAAUACAGCGUGCGAUCCGAGAUUUUGUCUACAGGUCUGGGAACUGAUAAUCCAGAACAUAUAUUGCAACUUCAGAAGUUGUGUGAGCACGUGAAGUUAAGUCAUACAAAGAAUUUGGAGCCUUUAAGCAUAAAGGAGGAUGCAGCUAGUCCUGAAAAUGUGUCUGCGCUGCAGGAUGUGUCCCUAAAGGAAAAUUCUUCAGAAAACUGUAAUUCUUCUAAAGUGACUAUGGGGAGUCAUCUGUGUGAUGGUGUUGCUCAAACUAAGGAAGCAGAAGACUCUUCACUGCAUCAGCAGAAAUGUUUCUAUCCAAAAAUAAAAUGGUUUGAAAAUGAAGAGGCUGUUACAGUGAAGGUUCGAAUAGCAAGGAUAGCUGACUACAAAUGUGAAUUCUCCAAGGAAAAGGUAAUUUUCAGUGCCUGCUCAGAAGGCAGAUUUUACUUGGCCGAUAUGGAAUUGUAUCAGUGUAUACUUACAGAAAAGUCUGCGUGUGUGAUUAAGGAUAAAGAGGCUAUUAUUGUCCUCAGAAAAGAGAAAAAAGGAGCAUGGUGCAAGUUACUAAAGAACAAGAAUCCUCAUGUGUCUUUUGACUUUGAAUACUGGGAAGAUGAUGAAGACAAAAGCCCUUUUCCAGUUGGUACUAAAAAGCUGCAUUGCACUGCUGCAGUGACAGAAGAACUGGUUGACUUUUCAGAAGACAGUGGUGCAGAAAGUGAUGAGUAAUUGGGAAAUGUCUGUUUUUUCUUUCUGUUAAGGUUAAUAUUGUAAAGUAGUAUCUGUUGCACUCCCAAAAUUGAUGGAACUGAAUGUAUAGAUUGCAGAAUUGUCUUUAAUUUUAGGAGGAUGAUGGUAAGCAAAGACCUUACUUGGGUUCUAAGCAUCUGGAGAAAUACUCUACAUGAUAACUUCAUAUAUAUGUAUUCCAGUGUCUUUACUUCAGAACUUUUGGCUUUAAUGAUUUUGUGCAAAUAUGUACAUGUAUUUACGUUGAAGAGCUUCUAAUUUACCUUUCUUAGUUUGCUGUGGUAGCAGUAGAUAAUUUUUUUGUGGUUUAAUAAGUUCUGAUGACCGGUUGAUUGUUUCUACCACAAGCCUCCAUGUGCGUACAGCAUCAGCUUUGUAACUGCCUGUUUGUCAGCUCUGCAUAAAUAAACUCAGAUGGCAAUCUUCCUUUGACUGCAAAUACUUUGACUUGUUAUAAAAUACAAUUCUGUGGUAACUAUCAUAACUACUGUACAACAUCAGUGGAAUUGGUGCCAUGAUAGAAUAUUCAGUGUUUAUUUUCAAUUUCAUGUUUCCACUUUCCCGAAUUCUUUUUCUUAUUUCAUGCUCUGUCGCUUCUGAAACUCGUCUCGUCUGUGGAAUCUUGUCAGCCUAUCCCAAAGGCUUUGCACUUCUAUAUGUAAUUUUUCAGUAAACAGUUUUUCACUGUUACAUUUGUACACAUUUAAAAAAAUAAAAUAAAAUCUCACAGUGAUGAACUUGU